ACCAUCCCCCGCCCAUUCUCUCUUUCUCUCUCUGUCUACACACUCAUGGAAUUCCCAAACUCAAGUGCGCAUGUGUUUUUCUGACCAAAGAUUUUUCUGAAAAACUCUAUAACAGUUGCUGUUAGGAGGAUAAUCUUUCAUAUUUCUGCCACAUGAGUAACAGACACUUCAAUCCCCAGGCUUUAAGUCUUUUGUAAAAUUCACGGUGAUGAAAGAAGAACCACUGAAUAAGGUGAUGACUGCCAAAGCCUCCAUCAUGCAGAGACUCAACCAGGCGGUGCAGGAGGUGGCGGAGAAGUGCUUCAGAAGAGCCUGCAAGCUGUUCUGCUGCCCGUUACGCAUCCUGUCGUGUGAAGAGCUCACCUUCUGCUCAGCUCAAAACCAUCAGCAGACUGAGGACAAAACUACACAAGUGGCACUCCACAGUCCUCCGUCAACAAUUUUGAUUGUGAACAUCAGCAACUCAACCCUGAUCAACUGUGUCAUCGGAUACGACAACUACCCGUCUGCAGUGACAGAAAGUCAGCCUCUGAUGCACGAACCUGACCACCUCGUUCCCAAUGAGAUGCAGUGCAGUGACAGCUGUGGACACCAGAGGGCGCCAGAACCACCUCCACCACUCCCACCUGCAGAGACACCGAGCAUCAGCAUCGUAGGCUCCAGUCUCAGCGGUGUCAUCAUCGGUGACAGCAACUACAUGAAUGUUGAAUACACGAGUGAGGCUUUAACAACCACACAGAGCUGAGAGCUGAGCAUUUGUUUUUUGAAACCACAUUUAUAAAAUAGAAAAGUCAGAAUUCUAAGGGAAAAA